AUGCUGACCUUGAAGAUCCGUCUCCCAGAGGUACCCGUCUCCUCUGCAGAAGACAUCUACAGUAAUGCCGUUGGUCUCCUGUUCCCAGACAACCUACGCACUUUCCAUGGCGAUCCCGGUUCACAUGUUACCUACUUAUCUAAACGCUUUGGAGAUAUGGAUCUCAGCCUCGUUGAUCCACAUGAUCAAGACGAGCGGGUGCUGUUCGCUCAUCAUAUCUGGAACUCCGGUAUACAGCUGGCCGAGUUCAUCAGCGAUGCCAGUGAUCCUACAAAGGAGGGAGAAAGAGACGGUAGAUGGGAUGUGACUGGGCAUUCCAUUCUAGAGCUGGGAUCUGGUACCGGCUUGGAGGGGAUUGUGAGUGCUUUGGCUGGAGCUGAAGAGGUCGUCUUGUCCGACUAUCCCUCUCCCGCAAUUCUAGCCAAUACCAAGGCCAACGUCGAAAGGAACAUCCCAAAGGAGCUGCAGCAGAAGCUGACUGUGCGAGGCCAUGAAUGGGGUGUCCUUACAGACGAUUUCUCCAAAGACUACGCGAGUCACUUUUCUCGGAUACUCUGCGCAGACUGUUUGUGGAUGGAUGGUGAACACUACAGUCUUGCCCAAUCUAUGGAGCACUUCCUCUCUCACAAAGACAAUGCCCGAGUAUGGGUGAUAGCAGGUUUUCACACCGGCCGAGCAAAGCUCGCCUCUUUCUUCGACAUUGCAGCUCAAGCAGGUCUGGAGACAGAAUACAUCUGGGAGCGAGAUGCUGAUGGAAAUGAACGAGAGUGGGCCAGAGAGCGAAAUGGCGGACAAGAAGAUGCAACGGGGCGGAACAAGUGGCUUGUGGUUGCCAUACUCAAACGCAAGCAGGCGUCGUCUACCGAGAAGGUAGGGAAGCAUGAACAGUUCUUUGCGUCUAUGCUUAUGCAGAACGUCAAAAGUGCCCUUGUCAAGCACGACGUCGAAGCCAGGUUGCGUCCAGGAGGACGGCGGCGGGGAGUGCAGGAUAUCCCAUUCCACAAACCGCACACCGCUUUCUUCUCCUUCCCCUCCUCCUUCCCCUCCUCCUCCUCCCUCCUCAGACCUCGAGCGAACGCCCUUCUCGGCCGCCAGCCGCCGACACAGCUCCACGCUCCCGCCGGAGUAAUCCGCGCCGACCAUGCGUCCCCCGAAGCCGCCCUCGUCCCGGAGCAGGAACAGCAUCUCGCCGUUGCCGGUGCCGAGGUCCAGGAACGUGGUCGUGGGCCGGUCGAGGUCGAGGCGCGAAGAGGGGCUGGUGAGGUAGUUGAGGAUCUUGCGGGAGGCGUUGACGUCUUCGAACCAUGUUUGGCCGGUGUGGGUCGGGGUGGAGGCGUGGGUGGUCAGGUCGUGGGUGUAGGUCGUGUCCCAGCUGGGGAGGUUUGUUAG